CACUGAGCAGCGAACAACAUCCAGGGAAACCCAGGAGAUAAACUAAAGACACACCACGUCUGUCUGCUUCUGCUCCACAAUCUGCAGCCGCUGAACUCCUGAAGCCUCCUCCAACUGCAAACAAGACACCAAACUGUGACACAAUGAAAGUGGCCGUUGUUUUCGUUCUGCUCUUCGCCACAGUCCUCUGUCGGCCGGCAAGAAAAGUUGCUGAUAGCAGUUCAGAGAGCUCUGAGGAAGUGGUGAAACAACCAGCAGCUCCAGCCCUCAGGAAACCGGCAGCAGUGGCAGAACCUGUACAGAACAUUGUAGCAGCAGCCGCUGCUGGCUCAGACGAGAGCACGGAGAGUUCAGAUGAAGACGAGGUGGCAGCACAGGCUCCAGUAGAAGUCAAAUCUGACAUCACAGACGCAGCUACAUCCUCAGACACAGCCUCCGUCAGCAGCAAAGACAGUGAAGACAGCGACGACGAUGACGAUGAAGCAGAGGAGAACGAAAGCGAGGACGAGGAUGAAUCUAGCGACAGCUCAGAGUCUGGCGAGUCCUCCACCCCUGCUCCCACCACCGUCACCCCUAUGAUUGUGACAGAGGAGCCCGUGGCCGAAACCACUCCUGACUCCAUCGUGCCCACCAUUGUCACCGACACAGAUGCGGGCCGUGGCGACAGCUUGGGAGGCUACCCUAGCGACUAUAAGUCCAUUGUCUACGGGGAGGACAAAUCCUACCACAAGGUUCCUGUUCCCUACAAGUCCUACGAGUUCGUCGGCACAGGAAAGAAGAUGGCCUACGACAUGACUGAAGGCAAUGAGGUGGAGAAGUCGCUGCAGGUGUACAAGGUACAGGCUCUCCAGGUCCACUCCGAUCUCCUGGAGGAAGACACCAGCACCCCUGAGGUGGAGAGCCAGGGCCUGGACGCCUCCUCCGGCACCUCACAGGACCAAGACCUCAGCCCCCGCCAAGCCGCCCUCCCCGAGGAGGAGAGCACGAGCACCAGCGACGCCACCACCAGCGAAAGCGAGAGCUCCAGCACCCCAGAGGAAGAGGAGGAGGAGGAGAGCGCCAGCAGCGCCAGCGACAGCGCCAGCACCAGCCAGGAGUCAGAGACCGAGGAGAGCCAGAGCAGCGAGGAGACCACAGCCACGCCAGGAGCCGCCGACAGCGACUCAGAUGAGAGUGACAGCGCUGAGAGUGACUCAGAUGAGGAGAAGGCGGGACCUGACGCCACCACUGACAUGCCAGUGGUGAUCACUGCCAAAUAAGCCUCGACCAUCCAGGAAAUGGCGUGGACGGUGGUGUCAGUUAGAUUCAUACAAAGAGCGCAUGCUGCAUCCAGGUGCAAAAAACCCGCUCCAGAGCCACUUUCCACUGCGCGACCAAACAGGGACAGCCAAGGCUUAAUUAUUAUUGUUUUAGCAUUGUAUGUCCAAUAUUUCUGUGAUCAGUUGCUCAUCUUUUGGGGAGCAGAAAUGCUUUUUCUUCUGUGUUAUAUUUAAAUAGACCAAUAAGUCCUGGGGUCUGGUUGCCCUUACAAAUCCCAUGUUUGACCCCACAGGGGAAAAGUGGCCCAUGUAACUGACAACUGCUACCUGCAACCGGAGGUUGACUGACCUCAUGACCUUUGGCCCUCCCCUCUCCACCUUGUCACUGCAGGGUCGAAGGUCAAAAAGGGAAAAGAACAAAGAAACUAACACAGUUGAGUCCCAAAAUCUACACUAGCACAACACUGCAUUUAAUCAUUAAUAACUGCAAUAUGCAAACAUACAUUGUUUUUGUGCUUAAGCUCAAAUAAGAGAGAAGUGCACAAUUUAUUUAAAUACUUUUAAUCAUUUCAAGCAUAACAGAAUUUAAACUUGACAUUAAGCCAUACAUGUGCUGCCUUUGUGGCUUAGCUUUGUCGCUCGCUAGUAUCAAAUCUGCUGGUGUAGAUAAAAGGAUGUAAACAAAGAGAAACUUAACCAUCCAGUACAGGGUUCAAUCAGGUAUAGAUGCAGUACACACACACACACACACACACACACACAAAACACAGUACUAUUCAUUUGCACAGUUCCUACCUACACUACAUGUUGUCUGUUCCAUGUUGUUUACUGUAAUGUAUCAUAUUG